AUGUCGGAACUCUUAGGAAAUCUAGAAUGCGAGUAUCAGAAACUUACAGACGGAGCGGCUGCCGGACAGACACAUCUAAAGAAAUGCUUAGAUGAUACCCAUAAUUUCAAAAUGAAUAUAAAAAAGCUGAAAGGCUACUUGGCCAAACAAGCACAGGACGCAGCUGGAGAAGAUAGUCAAAAUCCCGCCAAGUUUAUGAAAAGGAGGCAAUUGGCCGUUGAAAAGCUCAACAAACUACACAAGCAGUGGGACAGCGGUGCGAGAAAGAGCAGCAAACUUGCUAUACAGCAAUACUCUAAAUUUCAAAAAAAUGCAAUAAACAAAAUCUACGAUUUCGAGCUAGACCAGGUGUAUACCAACCAGUUUCCGCCAAGUGCACGGAAACAUGUCGAAAGUGCCAUAGGGCUUCAUAUCUCGCGCUACAAUUUGUGCGAAAUUCCCGAACAGGACUCUGAAGGCAUGGUGCGGUACUUGGAAAAUGUUUACGGCGUCAAUUCUAAAAUUUCGACCAAUUUUGUUGAAAUGGCGCAAAUGGUGCGACAGCUACGUCAAGACAACUUAGACUCGUGUAUGGCUUGGUGUUCGGAAGGGUCAAAUCUGGAAUUUGAACUUCACCUCCUAAAGGCCAUGUUUUUGCUUCAAAGCGGUGACAAAUCUGCCACUUAUCUAUAUCUGUUAAAGUCUAUACCUGACUUUAUGACCAAGACCAAAAAAUCCUUCCUGCGGCACCGAGUUGCUCCCUUACUUGCGCAAUUAGUGAUCUCUUCAGAAACUGGCCUCAAGCUGGAGGAACAACGAAACAAAUGCAUUGAGUUGUUUACCCGUGAGUACUGCGCCCGGAACAGUCUGCCAUUUGAUUCCUCACUGUUUUUGGUGGUAAUGAGCGGUAUCAUGUCAUUCCAGUUUUUUAUCAAGUACAGAACAUUACAAGCAGCUAGGCAUGUCGAUUGGACAACUGAAAACGAAUUGCCUUUCAACGUCAAGCUGCCUGAUUUCUUAACCAACUUUCAUCCAAUUUUCAUAUGCCCCGUUCUUAAAGAAGAGACCACCAAAGAGAAUCCACCUUACGCCCUGCCCUGUCAUCACAUCAUCUCUAAAUUCAGUCUCGACAAACUGAGUAAAAAUGGCACCUGCAAUUUCAAAUGCCCCUACUGUCCUGUUACGGCGGCACGGUCUAAAACAAGCAAAGUCAAUUUUGUAAUUUUAUAG